GCGAGGGGAGAGGCGGCCGCACAGCCUGGUUCCCCGCGCCCUGCUCGCCGCCGCCACUCGCGCAAGCACCGUUGCCGGCCCUCGCCCCGCCGAGCGCACCCACCCGGGCACACGCACCCCGGCCGCCGGGCGCACCUCGCGCACGCCCCCCGCGGCUCCGCCGGGCGCCCGAGCUGGGCAGAUGCGCCGCCGCGCGCCCCCCGCCCCGGGCCCGCCACCGCGCUCCGCCGCGCGCCGGGGGCUCCUCUCGCGGGCCCCCCUGGGCGCCCUCCGGCUCGGGUUCCCGCCCGCUCCUUGGAAUAACCCCUGAGGCUUCAGCCGUCGCCGCAAAGUUUCCCGAGGAGACCCGCCUCCCCGGCCGCUGCGCAGGUGUUGAGGCUGAUCAGGCGGGGCCGGCGCCCCCAGCCAUCCACCAUGGUGGUGGCACCACCCACCGCCACCGCCACCACCACACCCGCUGCCACCGUCACGGCCACCGUCGUGAUGACCACGGCCACCAUGGACCUGCGGGACUGGCUUUUCCUCUGCUAUGGACUCAUCGCCUUCCUGACGGAGGUCAUCGACAGCACCACCUGCCCCUCCGUGUGCCGCUGUGACAACGGCUUCAUCUACUGCAACGACCGGGGCCUCACCUCCAUCCCCACCGACAUCCCCGACGAUGCCACCACCCUCUACCUGCAGAACAACCAGAUCAACAACGCCGGCAUCCCCCAGGACCUCAAGACCAAGGUCAGCGUGCAGGUCAUCUACCUGUACGAGAACGACCUGGACGAGUUCCCCAUCAACCUGCCGCGCUCGCUGCGGGAGCUGCACCUGCAGGACAACAACGUGCGCGCCAUCGCCCGGGACUCCCUGGCCCGCCUCCCGCUGCUGGAGAAGCUGCACCUGGACGACAACUCCGUGUCCACCGUCAGCAUCGAGGAGGACGCCUUCGCCGACAGCAAGCGGCUCAAGCUGCUGUUCCUGAGCCGGAACCACCUGAGCAGCAUCCCCUCAGGGCUGCCCCGCACGCUGGAGGAGCUGCGGCUGGACGACAACCGGAUCUCCACCAUCCCGCUGCACGCCUUCAAGGGCCUCCACAGCCUCCGGCGCCUGGUGCUCGACGGCAACCUGCUGGCCAACCAGCGCAUCGCCGACGACACCUUCAGCCGCCUGCAGAACCUCACCGAGCUGUCGCUGGUGCGCAACUCCCUGGCUGCCCCGCCGCUCAGCCUGCCCAGCGCGCACCUGCAGAAACUGUACCUCCAGGACAACGCCAUCAGCCACAUCCCCUCCAACGCGCUGGCCAAGAUGCACCAACUCGAGCGCCUGGACCUGUCCAACAACAACCUCACCACGCUGCCCCGCGGCCUCUUCGACGACCUGGAGAGCCUGGCCCAGCUGCUGCUGCGGAACAACCCCUGGUUCUGCGGCUGUAACCUCCUGUGGCUGCGGGACUGGGUGAAGGCGCGGGCGGCCGUGGUCAACGUGCGGGGCCUCAUGUGCCAGGGCCCCGAGAAGGUCCGGGGCAUGGCCAUCAAGGACAUCACCAGUGAGAUGGACGAGUGCUUCGAGACGGGGCCCCAGGGAGGCGCGGCCAACGCGGCUGCCAAGACCACGGCCAGCGACCGCGCCUCGGCCACCACACCCCAGGGCUCCCUCUUCACCCUCAAGGCCAAGAGGCCAGGGCUGCGCCUCCCCGACUCCAACCUUGACUACCCCGUGGCCACGGGUGAGGGCGCCAAGACCCUGGUCAUCCACGUGAAGCCCCUGACGGCGGACUCCAUCCGUAUCACGUGGAAGGCCACGCUCCCCGCCUCCUCCUUCCGGCUCAGCUGGCUACGCCUGGGCCACAGCCCCGCCGUGGGCUCCAUCACGGAGACCCUGGUGCAGGGGGACAAGACAGAGUAUCUGCUGACGGCGCUGGAGCCCAAGUCCACCUAUGUCAUCUGCCUGGUCACCAUGGAGACCGGCAACACCUACGUGGCCGACGAGACGCCGGUGUGCGCCAAGGCCGAGACGGCAGACAGCUACGGCCCCACCACCACGCUCAACCAGGAGCAGAACGCUGACCCCAUGGCGGGCCUGCCCCUGGCGGGCAUCAUCGGCGGGGCCGUGGCCCUAGUCUUCCUCUUCCUGGUCCUGGGGGCCAUCUGCUGGUACGUGCACCGGGCCGGGGAGCUGCUGACCCGGGACCGGGCCUACAAUCGGGGCAGCCGCAAAAAGGACGACUAUAUGGAGUCCGGGACCAAGAAGGAUAACUCCAUCCUGGAAAUCCGCGGCCCCGGGCUGCAGAUGUUGCCCAUUAACCCUUACCGCGCCAAAGAGGAGUACGUGGUCCACACCAUCUUCCCCUCCAACGGCAGCAGCCUCUGCAAAGCCACGCACACCAUCGGUUACGGCACCACCCGGGGCUACCGGGACGGCGGCAUCCCCGACGUAGAGUACACCUACACAUGAUGCCUGCCGCGCCGCCGGCCGCCUCCGCCCCAGCUCCCGCCGCCUCCUGGCCUGGCCACGGCGCGGCUCCGCCCGGCCCGCUGCCAUCCCAUAGAGCAAGGAGAAGGAAUGCCAUGAUGACUUUCCUAGCAGAAAGCAAAGUUUGGGAAGGGUAGACACUUUUGUAGAACACAACAGCAGAAACAAGAUCUCUCUCUCUCUUUUUUUUUUUUUAAAGAAUAGAAGGCAGGAGGGGGAUUUGAUGUUGCUGAAGACAUAAUUUAUACCAAAUUAUGCCUGUUGGGGAGGGAAGGACUAAAAAUAAUAUUGCAGGAAGGGUUGGGUCAGGGUUUUUCGUUUUUUUGUUUUUUCCUGAACUGGAAAGCUACUACCUGUACAGCGUCUGUGUACGCCUCAUGCUCUGUUCAAGGCCGUCACAAAAGAACCGUCAGAGGGAACAGCCAACACGCAAAGCCCCCACACAGCUCUCGCUGCCGGCUGCUUGUGGGUGACAACGACAUGACGGAAGGUUUUCAGGCUCCUCACAAAAGAGAGGGGGAAGAAAAGAUCUUUUUGCUACGGAGAUAUUGUCCUGAAACCUCUUCCCUGGCUCUUUCCGUAUGAUUUCCCUUACAGAUUUGCAGAAAGAUCACGUCUUUCAGUGCAUUCUCUGAACAAUGGUGUAGUCAAUUAAAAAGCAAACUUUCUUUUUCCUAUACCGAAGCCCUCUUCAGUUCCGUGCACCACGCUCCGUGGAUGGCCCCCGGGGAAGCUGUGGCUUCCCAGCCACGCAGACGUGCGGCUAUCUACCUGUCGAUCUCUCUGUCAUGUCUCUCGGUACAGAUGGGUAGAUAGAGCCCCAUUUACGGUCCUUACUACUGCUUGGGUCAGUUCGUACAGUUUCCUGAGACAAUAGAGUCAUGAAAAUGUUGCUCUCUCCUAGAAAUCAUUGAGUAAGUAGACAAAGCGUGUUGGGGGUGGGAGUGGGGAGGGGGGACAAUGCUGUUCCUAAAGGCGGAGGUGUAUCUGUCCUGGUUGGGUGGCCAGGGAGACCCCGGGCAAGGGGUGCCCGCGGUUCAACCCUAUCUCAGGUCGGCGAGACCUGGGCCGCGCUCUUUUCUGGUACAGACAAAAGCGUUCUUUGACGGCCAGUGUCCUCGUCUCUCUCCCCACUGUCCACCCACCCCCAACACACAGACGCAGUCACCUCGACAGUGACUUUCUCUUUCCUCUGUGCCAUAUGCUUCCUCCUGGGACAGGUAAUUGGCGCAGGGACUUUUUUUUUUUUUUUUAUCCAGCUGAUUAGACCUAAUGGUUUCCAUGGCUGCUCAAACAAAGCCCAGAAAAAGACAUGAACGUUCUCCGAAGAGCCCCGGGAGACAGCAGCCCCCCGAACGCAGAGCCUCAGCCGUACCCACCCCCGGCACUCUGCUCUGGAGAGGGAAGACCAGACCUCCAGAAAUACCAGCUCCAAAAGGGUACUGACCAGGGCCCUCGGAAGAAUUCAGGUUUUAUUUCCUAGCCCCCCACCCCAGAACUGGGUUACCAUCACUCAUCAGCGGGCGGUGUGGUUUGGUGAGCCAUGAGAUUGAAAUGAUAAUGGAGAGAAGGGAGGCAUGGUGCCCAGGGUUCUGCAGUCUCCUGCGCCCUGGCCCUUGGGGAGCUUGGGCCACCACCUGUCAAAGUGCGCCCAGGUGCUGUGCCAGGGAAGAGCCACAUCAGAUGGGAGACACCGGCCCGAGGGCAGGGGAGGUCGAGGAGGUGUCCAGCUCUGGCAGAAAGAGGAUGCUGUCCAGACAGGCCCGAGGGCUGGCCACUCACUGGUCAUGGAAAGAUGUGACUGGUCCCUUCAGGGAAGAGGCAGGGGUUGAAAGGAAUGGCCGGAGAGCUGUGUGAGCAGGGUGGGGGGGAGGCGUGGCCCUCGCCCACCAGGCGGGAGGGAGGGUCUCGCCCCGCAACAGGGAGGCCGGCUCCCCAGCCCCAGGGAGAGGCGCAGGGCCGGGACACACUCCGCUCGAAACUAAGUCUUUCCCCUCCCCUUUGGUCCACUUGAAUCAUUUUCUCAUACAAUGAGAUCAGGAGAGAGAUUUUUCCAAGCCUUAAUUUCAUGUCUGUGUGAAGGUCGCCCUCCCUUUGGCUUCAAGCGCCCGACACAGGCCAGUUCUGGCAGCUAGGGGAGGAGUAGAGAGGGUAUGUGAGGACUUGGGGCACUGGCUCAGGAAGAGGGGAAGGGACAGAAGCCUGAGGUCCCUGCUGUUUCUGAAGUGAGGUCUCCUCCCUCACGGCACCACCCAUGCCUUCUACCGAUGUCCCAGGCCUUGGCCUCCUCACGGCCAAGUCCCCGCUGCUAACAUGCUUGGGUCCCCAAUCUUACUCCCCUUUCCCCUUGAACACACCAGGAGGAGGUCAAAUUAUCCCCUUAGAGGUUAGGAAGGCAUUUGGGGGACAAUAGGUGAACCUGGAGUCAGCCAGUGAGGUCAGAAAGGCCUGCAGGCCUGGGUGGUCAGCUUCCUUCCCUACAAUACAGAUCAGGCCAGGCCCACCUGUGGUGAGGUCACUGGGGUCUCCCGCUCCCCGGGGGCUCAGACAGGGGCUCACCAAGGGCUCGCUGCAGGCGUCCUCCUGCCUGUAGGUGCUGAGGAUGGAGACUCACCAUCCAGGCCCUGGGGUCUGCUCUCAAUUUUCCUCUGCUCAACAUCAGACAUCCACACGGAGGUCUUUCUGAGAGCAAGCCCCCGAAUGUCUGCUGCCUCACAGCCCCCCAAGCCAAGGAGUGGGCCUGAAGUCGGGUCCACGCUGAACCCCUGUCCCCUCCUGGUCCAACUGCUCUGAGUGCCCUCAUAAGGAGAGAGAUGCCGCAGAGCUAUCCAGCCUCCCCAGCCCCCGGCAGCAUGUGAGGACACAGGGCUGGUGGAGAUAAGCCCAGGGCCCAGGCUACCUACUGCUGCUGUCUAGAAUGCCCCUUCCAUGGGCGGCCGACCUGACCUUUACAGCCUCUAACUAGCCAGAACAACCUCGUUGGCCUCAGCGUCGACGAGUGUUUUCUGUGGCAUUUAUAGCAGGUUUUAAGUUUAAAAAA